AUGUCAUACAUCUAAGAAAUACCAGAAAUAGAAAAGUAUUGGGAUAACUUUUCAGAUGAAUACUCUUCUUAAGACGAUGCUACUAAUGUAUUCUACCUUUCUCUUUUAAACAUGCUGAAAGUUAAUACUCGUAAAUAAAUUUUAGAAGUUGGUGCUGGAGCUGGUUUUCUUUACAACCAUACUAUGAACUAUAAGAGACCUGAAGCAUCUUAUGUUGCCACAGAUCUUUCAGAGAAAAUGCUCUCUAUUUUAUGUAAAAGGCUACAAAUAUCAGAAGCAUUUAGGGACGAACUAUUUAUUGAAAAAUAUAAUCUUAAAGUAGAAAAGGCAAAUGGUGAAUAGUUACAAGAAGAUGAUAGCAGAAGCUUUUAGAGUCCUUUAAAAAGGAGGAGUUGCUGGUUUCACAGUGUGGGGAGACAAAGCAAAGUCUUAUUACUUUAAUAUUGUACCUGA